AUGAGCCAAAUAAGCAGUCUUCUCCUCCGGGUUCUCCAAGCCAUCUUGGCCGUGGCCAAUCUCGGCCUCUCUGCCUACGUCAUAAAAUGGUACCGCAUGUCAACGUCCCAGUCGCCGGACAGCUCCGUCAACUUCCUUCUUGCCGCGUCCAUCCUGUCCAUCCUGUCGAUACUGUACCUGGUGCUGGCGCCUCGCUUCCUCAACCGGUUCGCACACCCCUAUGCGGCGCUGGCGGUCCAGGGGCUCAACACCUGCUUCUACUUUGCCGGCUUCAUCGCCCUCGCCGUCUACGUGGGCAGCCUGACCUUUUGCGAGGGCAGUGUCUGCAGGGCGAGUCGGGCGGACGCCGUCGUUGCGGCGGGUGCGUUUUGUGCCUGGAUCGCGUCCACCAUUUUGACGGCCAAGCAGAUGAUUGUUGGGGGUGCCGCCGCAAGACACAGGACACAAGGGCACAUGGGGAAGAUUUAG